CCCUGAAGUGUAUUGAGAGUGCACCACUGUGGCUACUGCGGUGCUGCGGUCAUACUCGAGCCUCAGCUGUUCAUUCUGUUUUCGUUGCUGUCGGAAAGCUGACGGCCGUCGCUCCUACAUUUCCAAUACGCUCGGGGUCAACAAAAAAAAAAUAAUCAAACAAAUUGAAGCGCAUACGAAAUUGCAGCUUUCGCAUUAAAUUGCAAUGUUUGUCACGUUAUAAAAUGUGAAAUUGUGCUGCUGUGCGGGGCUAACGUUGCGUGCGUGUAUGUGUAGGCGUGUGUGUGCAUGUGUUUGGGAAUGUGUGUCGGUGUGUGUUUGUUUAUGUGAAUAUGAAUAUGUAAACAAAAAAUGUUCAUAAUUAUUAAGCGAAAAGUGUAGUUGCCAAUUAGAUAACUAAUUAAAUAGUAAAUAACAGCAAGAAAACAAAAAAUACAACAAUCGUAGUAUCCGCAAUAAUAGUGAUAAUAACAAAUGAGCACAAAGGACUUGGAUCUGGAGUCCUGCGCGUUGUUGACCGGCGAAACUGUCGAAUCUGCCGCUAACGACUCUGUCACUGUCAGGACACGCACUAAGCAACGCAUCAGUUUAAAUUCAAAACGACGACGCAGCCGUAUGUCCCGACGCGCGAAUCUCAUUGGCAUUUGUGGCGUUAGCAGUUUGUGCAUACUGCUGCUGAUUGCCACAACCCAACAUCGCCCGCUCACCUCACCCUUCAGUAGCGGCAGCAGCAGCAGUAGCAGCGGCAACAGUAACAUCAACAAUGCUGCUGUUGCCUCCAGCCUGUUGUCGAAUAAUCUAGCCCGGAAUGGCGGCUACUAUGAGCGACAGCAGCAGGCAUCACAAACUGCCGCCACCAUUUACAAUAUGACAGCGACCAUAGUGGAUGUCCUGGCGGCGCAGCGUGCGCGCAUCCUCUCCGAAAUGGAAAACUUUGAGUAUCCACGCGGCGGUGCCGAAAAGCUCAAUGACAUGACCCCUGAAACAUCGGGCACUCCAGUUCGCAGCAUUGUUGUUACCAGUUGGCGUUCAGGCUCCACAUUUCUCGGUGACAUCUUGAAUGCGAUACCGGGCAAUUACUAUCACUAUGAGCCGCUGCUGGACUUUGGCAUCAAGCAGGUGCGUGAUCCAGAGGAUCAACAGCUGGCCGUUCAAAAUCUCAAGAAUCUGCUCAAUUGUGAUUAUGGCGAUAUGACUGACUAUCUCGAGUAUGGCAAGACGCAUACGUAUCUCUUUGAGCACAACCAGCGACUGUGGGACGUUUGCCGCGAAUAUCCAAGAUUCUGUUGGCGUCCCGCCUUUUUAACGCCCUUCUGUCGACUGUUUCCCAUACAGAGCAUGAAGACGGUGCGACUGCGUCUCGCUCAGGCCGAGCAGCUGCUCCAAGAUCAAAGUCUAUCCAAUGUGCGAAUUGUGCUGUUGGUGCGGGAUCCAAGGGGCACGAUGCAAUCGAGACGCCAUCGUGUUUGGUGUGGCGGCAAUGAGGAUUGCGAGGACCCAUCUUUGGUCUGUCAGGAUCUGGUGGAUGACUAUAAAACCGCUGAGACGCUGCUCAAGUUGUAUCCCAGCCGAUUUAGAACAUUGCGCUAUGAGGAUCUGUCAUUGAAUCCUUAUGAUAUGACCCAGGACAUUUUACAGUUUUAUGGUUUGCCAUUCGAUCCUGCUGUCGAGGAGUUUCUUGAUACGCAUACAAAGGAAAACAUUGGCGGUGUUAGCUCUACGUAUCGUGAUUCCAGAUCGGCACCAUUCCAUUGGAAGCAGGAUCUAAAAACAGAUGAAAUCAAGCAAAUUCAGGAUGUGUGCGUGGAAGCAAUGGAUCUGUGGGGAUAUCGUCGGAUCAAUGACUUUAGCAAUUUUACUAAUAUGCAGCAGAGCUUUGAUCCAAUUGUGCUGCCAUCGCCAUUUACGUGAAUUGUGAAUGGCGAUAACUGAUAACCAUAACUAAUUCUUCUACUUGGUACAUUUUGUUGUGAUAUCGUCGUGUUGAGCGAGCAAAAACAUUAUAGAAAAAAGCAUUGACUUACAGAGAAAAGUCAAUCUGUAGUUGGCACAUUUUUUAGCUAAACACGCAAAACACACUUACUGAGCAAUAGUUAAUGAUAUACCACAUACGAUAUACUAUACUAUAUACAUAUACAAUCUAUGAUUACGAUAAAUGCAUAAUUUUAGUAAUUGGCGAAUUUUGUGUAGCGCGUAAAAAUCGAAUAUCACAUUUAUAUUAAAUUUAGGCCUAGCAUUUAAGCAACAAUAACUGAUAAAUGAGAACUUAGUCUUUAUAUAAAGCACGGGCUGGCAUUGCAAAUUAAAUUCCUUACUUUGCUUCACUAUGUACAUUAUUUAAAUGAAACAUUUUUGUAACUUUCUGCUUCUGGAAAAACCACAAAUCAAAUGCUAUCUCAAAAACCGCAAAAAGAAAUCCAGUGAUUUAGCAAUUAAACACAACAAAAACGUAUCAGCAUAAAUUGUAACACAUUUAGAUAAAUUUAUUAAGCGUAAAAAUAUACAACAAAUUGCAAAAAUAAAAAAAUGUGCAAUAAAGAAAGCAUGAAUCUAAAAGUAUUCUAAACCAUUUAGACGCAAAUUUGGCAUAGAAAAAUAAUUGUAUUAUGAAAAGUAAAAGAGCAAUGGGCACUCGACUCCUAAGCAUAAGUUUUAGUGUACAUUAUUUAAAAAAGAUCAUAUUUAAUAUAUAUAAAAAAUACAAUAUUUACGGUUAUUUAGUUGUAAUUCAAUUAUAAUUAAAAUGUACUAUAUAUUUUAUGUCCUUGUUUUUAAGUUCAAUUCAAUUCGUUUCGAAUGAAUAUUGAAUAAAGCCCAGCAAUGUGCGUUAAACUACAAACGUUAAGUAAAUUAAUAACAAAA